AUGUUCCUCAGUCAAGACCUGGAGGCCGAGGUCUCCCAACUCGAAUCGCGCCUGGAAGAGGCACGCGCCCAACUAGCAGCCUCCGAAUGCCCCAGCCCACCAUCAUCCUACCCCAAUAGCUGGUCAAUUAAAGAAACAUAUAAUAAGAAGAAUAAGAAGCAACUCGACUCAACUCGUUCAUCAUUACACGCUCUACUCCUCCUCUCCGACUCCGCCCUCCCACUUGGAUCCUUCGCAUACUCCAGUGGACUUGAAUCAUACCUCGCACACAACAAGCCAUCCCGCACAUCUCCCUCUUCAACCUUCCACCGCUUCCUCAAACUCUCCAUCGCCUCUCUCGCAAGCACAUCCCUCCCAUACGUACUCGCAGGGUACCGGGAACCCGAAACACUAGAAACACUUGAUAAUGACCUCGACGCCUCAACACCUUGCAUCGUCGCCCAGCGAGCCAGUAUCGCACAGGGCCGCGCACUCAUUGGCGUCUGGGAACGCGCAUUCCGCAGCUCCUUCGCAGGCGAGGGCUCCACCGAGUCCGCGGUCGCCGCCAUUGACGAAUUAUCUGAUGCAUUGAAAUCCUGCAUGGACGAUGAUGAGCUCGGCCCCAAGGGCCACUUCGCCCCGCUUUGGGGCACGGUUUGCCGCGCCAUGGGAUUGGAUCUGCAGCAGACGGCGUACGUGUUCGUGGUCAACCAUGCCAAGGCGGUGUUGAGUGCGGCGGUGCGAGCGAGUGUUAUGGGCCCAUAUCAGGCGCAGAAUGUGCUUGCGAGCCAGAGCUUGCAGGACACAAUCAUGAAGCGGAUUGGGAGGGAAUGGAACACGCCUGUCGAGCAGGCGGGACAGGUGGUGCCGGCUCUGGAUCUGUGGAUCGGGCGGCACGAGCUGUUGUAUAGUCGGAUUUUCAACUCAUGA